AUGGUGCUGGCCAUGGAGCGCGGGAGCCCGUACACGCGGCCGCUGCACAAGUCGGUGGGGAACGAGCACAGCUGCUGGUACUACCUGCGCUACUUCUUCCUCUUCGUCUCGCUCAUCCAGUUCCUCAUCAUCCUGGGCCUGGUGCUCUUCAUGGUGUACGGCAACGUGCACAGCGGCACCGAGUCCAACCUGCAGGCCACCGAGCGCCGCGCUGACAGCCUCUACGGCCAGGUCAUGGGGCUCUCGGCCACCAAGACCAACCUGACCAAGGAGCUCAACCUCACCGCCAAGGUCAGGGACUCCAUCAUGCAGUCGCUGCUGAGCGCGCGUGGGGAGCUGAACCGUAUCAACGCCAGCUUCCGCCAGUGCCAGGCCGAGCGGGUCAUCCACCUGAACAACGAGCGAUACAUGGCCGCCAUCAUCUUGAGCGAGCAAGAAUGCCAAGAGCAGCUCAAAGGGAGCAACAAGAGCUGUAACGCUUUGGUCUCAACCCUGAGCCAGAAGGCUAAGUCCCUGGAGGAAAACCUGGCGAAGGAGAAGGGCACAUGCACCAAAGAAAAGGAGAUGCUGACGUUGGGCAAGCGGGCGGCGGAGGACCAGCUGAUGGAGUGCAGGAAGAGCCAGGUGCAGCUGCAGCAGGAGCAGCGCAUCUCCGAUGAGCGUGUGCGCAAGGUGGAGGUGAUGUGCCUGCGCUUCGACAAGGAGAAGUUCGAGCAGGAGCUGCGCACCCUCUGGAGGGAUUCCAUCAUCCCACGCACGCUGGACAGCAUCAGCUACCCCUACCAUCCGCUCGGCUCGGACGUGGUCUCCAUCCGCAGGUCCUGUGACUACCUGCCCACUCUCAUGAGCACCAAGGUGGAGGAGCUGGCCCGCAGCCUGCGAGUGGACAUCGAGCAAGUGGCCCGAGAGAACGCGGAGCUCAAGCGCCAAAAGCUGGAGAUGGAGCGGAACCUGCAGGCCCUUCAGGAGGCCAAGGAGAAGGUGGAGAAGGAGGCCCAGGCCCGGGAGUCCACGAUGCAAACCGACCAUUCCCGGCAGAUGCAGGCCUUGACGGAGGAGAGGACAGCAAUGCGCAAGGAACGGGACGGCCUGACCAAGGAACUGGAGGAGAGGAAGAAGGAGAUCGAGCAGCUCCAGAUGAAGCUGGCCGUGAGUGCCUCAUCCCUGGACACCUGCAUCAAGGCCAAGACACAAGGUCCCUUAACUGUACCGAAAACAGUGGUCUCUGCCCCCAGCAAUCCACCCAUCGACCCAGCCAGCCUGGAGGAAUUCAAGAAGAAGAUCCUGGAGUCCCAGCGAACCUCUGUCCGCACUGUGGUGGCCCCAUCCAGGUGA